CUUCCCUGGAGGAGGCCCCCCUGGGAGGCGGCGGGGAAAUGGAAAGCGAAAGGCAGCUGCACUUGCUCCGGAGGAGAAACGAAACUCCUCGGGGAGCAGCAGGAGCAGGGAGGCCGCCCGGGAGCCAUGGAGGGCCGCCACCUCCGCCUCCGCCGCCUGCGCCCAGCAGAGCAGCGCCAGGAGUUGCCCGGCAGAGGAGGGGCCCCCGGGGGCCUCCCUCGUCAGCCAAGGAUGGGAAGGAGGAUCGUGCCCCCGGAGCCCCAGCGGAACCUGCAAAGAGGAGCAGGUGGCACUGGCCCCCAGCGAGGAGGAGGGCGCCCAUCUCCACGGGGGGCUGCUAGGCAGGGCCCCCCACAGCACCAGAGGAUCGGGGCCCCUUUCCUAGAGGAGCUCCUCCAGAAGGAGCCCUCGGAGGUGGCCAUCACCCUGGCGUCCAGCCCGGGCCUGGAGGAGGCACUCUCCCAAACGGCCCUGCGGCCGCACUUCCUACAGCUGCUGUGCCAGGCCCUCCGCAGGGCCUGCUCCUCCCGCACUGACCGGCACAGCAUCCAGCGGCUCCUGGGCCUGGUGAAGGAGUCGGCCUUCCUCCGCAUCUGCCUCCCACAGUACGUGGCGGGGAUGCUGACCGAGACCGUCCCGGCCGUGCGGCACCAGUACCCCCAGCACAUUGCCGACAUCGUGGCCCUAGUCCAGGAGCUGGCCGGCGUCUUCCCAGCCAGCUCCAUCCAGAGCGUGGCCAUGCUGAUGUCCCUCCUGCCAGCCUCCGUCAAUGCCCUGCGGGCCUCCGGGGUGGACUUUGCGGAGGAGGCCGAGCGGGAACUGGAGCGGGUCCAAGCCUAUGUCCAGCACCUGCAAGAGCGGCGGCGGGAGGGCACCCUGCGGGUGGACAGCCAGACCCGGGUUGGGGGGGGCCCCAAGGGGGAGGAGGGGGACUACCGGGCCAUGUCCAUCUUCCCCACCUACCAGGAGCUGCACCAGGAGGAGAGGCCCUUCCUGCGGCCCAACACCCUCGCCCAGCCCUACGAGGGCCCCGGGGUCUACCUGGAGACCCACUUCCGGCUCCUGCGGGAGGACUUUGUCCGGCCAAUGCGGGAAGGGAUCGUCCAGCUCCUCCAGUGCGCAGAGCAGCAAGGGCUGAGGCAGAGGAGAUUUGACGACAUCCGGGUCUACUUCAAUGCUCGAAUCCUGGCCCCCACAUGCUCCGCCACCGGCAUUGAGUACAAGGUGCAGUUCGACACAAAGCCGCUGCGGUCUGUCCGGUGGGAGAACUCCAAGCGGCUCCUCUACGGCUCCCUCAUCUGCCUCUCCAAGGACGGCUUUGAGACCUUCCUCUUCGCCACCGUCUGCCACCGGGAGAGCCGGGAGCUGCAGGAGGGCCUGGUCCACCUCUCCUUUACUGAGCGCAGCCGGCCUCUGCUGGCCGAGGCCUGGCCCUCGGACUCCUUCCUCAUGGUGGAGACGGCAGCCUACUUCGAGGCCUACCGGCAUGUUCUGCAAGGCCUACAGGAGCUGCGAGAAGAGGAGCUCCCAUUCCAGAGGUACAUCGUCCGCUGCGAGGCUGAAGUGGCCGCCCCCGGCUACCUCAGAGGGUCCGGCAGCACCUACGACCUCCGCUGCCUGUUGGGGAAGCCAGACGGACCAGAGGAAGAGGAGGAGGAGCACAAGCAAGGCGAGAUCUCUGCGGUCAACAUCCUGAACCCGCAGCAGUGGCCGAGCAAGGAGGCCCUGGGCCUGGACGAGUCCCAGAAGGAAGCCCUAUGCCUGGCCCUCACCAAGGAGCUGGCCAUCAUCCAGGGGCCCCCGGGGACAGGGAAGACCUACGUCGGGCUGAAGAUCGUGCAAGCCUUGCUGGACAACAACACUGGCUGGGGCAGGUCGCCCAUUCUUGUCGUCUGCUACACCAACCAUGCUCUGGACCAGUUCCUGGAAGGGAUCCAUGUCUUCCAGAAGAAAGGGAUCGUCCGCGUGGGCGGCAGGAGCAACAGUGAGAGCCUGAAGCAGUUCACGCUGCGGGAACUCCGGAGCCAGGGCCAGUUUCGGAAGGAUCUGCCCCACCACCUGCGCACGGCCCACUUCAGCGUGUCCAGCCAGAUGCAGGAGGCCCAAGACCAGCUGACCAAGGAAGCGGCCAUUCUGGAGUGUGGCCUAAAUGGAGUUCUUCAUGAACGCCACCUGCGAAACUGCAUACUUGACCGCCACUGGGAAAGCCUGGCGGGGGGCUGGGAUGAGGACUGGUUGAAUCCCAAGGGCUCCCUUAUCCUGGAGUGGCUGGGCCUAGGCGCCACACCUUUUGCCCGCAGCGCACCAGACCCAGAGGAGGCUGAGCCGCCAGGGGCUCCAGAAGAGGAAGAAGACCCAGAGGGAGAACUGUUGCCCAUCCCAGAAGAGGCGGCACUGAUCCAGGAAGAGCGCCUGCUAGACAGUGACCAGCGCCAGAGGCGGCCGCGCCCCCCAAGGGAAGUGGCUGAGCUGGAGAACCUCUUUCUGGCCCUGAGGCUGAAGGGGGAGGCGGAGGACGAAGCAGACAAGCAGCAGGCAGGCAAGGAAGGCGUGUGGCAGAUCCAGCCCGGCCAGAAAAAGAAAAUUAAACAGCGGGUGAAAGCCGAGCUGCAGAAGCAGGACAGGAUGACCGAGGCGGAGGCAGAGGCUGUCCAGGACAUCUGGAGCCUGGACUGGGGGUCUCGCUGGCGCCUCUACAGGCACUGGGUGCACAAACACCAGACAGAGAUCCGACGCAAAAUUCUGAGGCACGAGGAGAGUUACCAGGUGGCGGCAGACCGGCUGGCUGAACUGCGUCUCCAGGAGGACCUCUGGGUCUUGAAGCAGGCACAGAUCGUGGGGAUGACCACCACAGGAGCAGCCAGGUACCGGCAGGUCCUGCAGGAGGUGGGUCCACGCGUUGUGGUCGUGGAGGAGGCGGCCGAAGUCCUUGAGGCCCACACCAUCACCACCCUGAGCAGCAGCUGCCAGCACCUCAUCCUCAUCGGAGACCACCAGCAGCUGCGCCCCAGUGCCAACGUCUAUGACCUGGCCAAGAACUUCCACCUAGAGGUCUCCCUCUUCGAGCGGCUUGUUAAGGCAGGCCUCCCAUUCGUCCGACUCAAUUUCCAGCAUCGCAUGCGGCCAGAGAUUGCCCGGCUCCUCACACCCCACAUCUACCAGGACCUGGAGAACCACCCAUCUGUACUCCAGUAUGAAAACAUUAAGGGCGUCUUGUCCAACCUUUUCUUUGUGGAGCACAACUUCCCAGAGCAGGAGAUCCAAGAAGGAAGGAGCCACCAGAACCCCCACGAGGCCCACUUCCUGGUGGCCCUCUGCAAGUACCUGCUGUGCCAGGGCUACCUGCCCUCUCAGAUCACCAUUCUCACCACUUACACCGGGCAGCUCUUCUGCCUGCGCAGGCUCCUGCCAGCCAAGACCUUUGAUGGGGUGAAGGUCCAUGUGGUGGACAAGUACCAAGGCGAGGAGAAUGACAUCGUCCUCCUAUCCCUGGUGCGGAGCAACCCGGAGGGACGGGUGGGCUUCCUGCAGGCCUCCAACCGCAUCUGUGUGGCCCUCUCCCGGGCCAGGAAGGGCCUCUUCUGCAUUGGCAACCUGGGCAUGCUGAGCCAGGUCCCCCUCUGGAGCAAGAUCCUUCACACGCUGCGCGAGAAGGGCCAGGCCGGCCAUGCCCUGGUGCUCUCCUGCCAGAACCAUCCUGAGAACAGGACAGAGGUGGCCCGGGCCGCCGACUUCGAUGAGGUUCCUGAGGGGGGCUGCAGCCGCCCCUGUGAGGCUCGGCUGAACUGCGGCCAUGCUUGCACACGGGCAUGCCACCCCUACGACCCCUUGCACCAGGAGUUCCAGUGCAUGAAGCCCUGCCAGAAGGUGCUUUGCCAGGAUGGGCACCGCUGCCCGGAGAGGUGCUUCCAGCCUUGUGGAAAGUGCAAGGUGAAGGUACCCAAGACCCUGCCCCAAUGUGGCCACCAGCAGCAGGUGCCCUGCACCACCCCUGCAGAAAAAUUCUGCUGUCAGGAGCCAUGCGGGCGUGUCCUGAGGUGCGGACACAAGUGCAAGCUCACUUGUGGCCAGGAGUGUGCACGCCGCUGCCCAGAGAUGGUCCCGGUCACUCUGAUGUGUGGACACAGCCAAGAAGUGGAAUGCUCCACAGCAGCCGAGGUGAGGGAUGGGAGACCUGUGCACUGCCAAGCCAAGUGCCCCAGCAUCUUGGAGUGCGGCCACAUGUGCCCCGGAUCCUGCCACUCCUGCUUUGCAGGCCGCUUCCACCAGCCGUGCCAGAGAGCUUGCACACGUCUCCUGAUCUGUUCCCACAAGUGCCAGCAGCCCUGCACCAGCGACUGCCCCCCAUGCCAGCGGCCCUGCCAGAACCGGUGUGUCCACAGCUGCUGCCAGAAGACCUGCGGUGAGCCCUGCCCACCCUGCAUGGAGCCCUGCGAGUGGCGCUGCCAGCACUACCAAUGCAGCCGGCUGUGCUCGGAGCCAUGCAACCGGCCCCGCUGUGAGGCGGCGUGCCCCAAGCGGCUGCUCUGUGGGCAUCCUUGUGCUGGAGUGUGCGGGGAACCAUGCCCACAGAAGUGCCUUGUCUGCAACCGGGAGGAACUGACUCAGAUCUUCUUUGGCUUUGAGGAUGAGCCUGGCACCCGCUUCGUACAGCUGGAAGACUGUGGGCACGUCUUUGAGACCCAAGGGCUGGACUGCUACAUGGAUGACCCCGAGGAAGAGGGGGCAGAGGAGCAGAGCAUGGCCGUGAAGCUAAAGGUCUGCCCGGCAUGCCAGACGCCCAUCCGGAAGAACCUGCGCUAUGGGGCACUGGUGAAGAAGAGCCUGGCGGAGGUGGAGCUGGUGAAGGGCAAGAUCCAAGGCCGCCCCGAGGAGAUUGCAUCCGGUGCCCAGAGGCUGAAGGUGGCCUUGGAGGAGAAAGACAUCCUGAAGAUCUACAUGCCGAAAGAAUACGAGCAGCUGCUUAAACAGCUGGAGGGGCCACCGGCCCUGUCCAUCCAACGCCUUGGCUAUCUGGAGAACCUCCUGGGCUUGUAUGCCUGGCUGGCUGAGCUGACUAAGGCAGCCAAGAAAGGGGACUCCGGCGAGUGGGAGGGAGCCAAGCGGCGGCUGGCCGAAGUGGCUGGGUGGCUGCGCCGGCCCCGCCUCAGCUUCACUGGCCAGCAGCUGGACGAGAUCCAGCGUGAAGUCCUGCGUCUGAGCUACCUGGUGGAGCUGCUGGGCAGGUGCCAGGCUGCCCGGGGGCGAAUGGACAACUCCGCAGAGGGGACGGUCAGCACCCUCCGGCAGCUCCUGGAGGGGCCUGGAAAGUUCAACCCAGACGAUGAGCAGCUGGUCAAGGCCGAGAUGGAGGCCCUGAAGGCGGUCCUGCCCACAUCUGGACUGGGCAUCUCCGAGGCAGAGAAGCAGCAGAUUGUAGCUGCUGUUACCGGGACGUCCCGUGGCCACUGGUUCAAGUGCCCAAACGGGCACAUCUACGUGAUCACCGAGUGCGGGGGGGCCAUGGAGAGGCGCCAGUGCCCAGAGUGCCAGGCAACCAUUGGUGGCGAUAAUCACCGGCUGGAAGCAGACAACCAGCUGGCUCCAGAGAUGGAUGGGGCGACUCACGCUGCCUGGUCAAACGAGGCCAACGACCUUCUCAAUGUGGCAGUAGCGCUCAACUGGAUGGACUAGGGGGGCUGUGACCAGCCAUCGCCCUCCUUGUCCUCCUCCUCCUGGGGGCUGCAGCUUCCCUUUCCUUCCCCUCCCUGAUGGCUCUUUUAUUUAGCAUGAAGGAGAUCAGAAGCAUCACUGAACCAGAUGACUCUCUUUGCUCUCGUUUUAGAAAAGGAUCCAUUGCAAAUCAGGAUGGGAACAGCAGCGGGAGUCACUCUCCAGCCACCCAGAUUUUCCUAAUGCAAAUAAACGUUUUUUGUAGCCAC